AUGCCUCACUGCGGAUUCUGUGCCAAGGAGAUGCCCACAUUGGGAGGUGUCAGAAAACAUAUCACAGGACGCCCUGACUGUAGAAGGCAGUGGGAGCUGCUGGUCGAAAAUCAAAAUGACAUUGGCACACCUCAUUUAAACCAAGCCGACACCCACACUGACUCGUAUUCCCCCCAUCGCCAGUCACGCUCUGAGUCUUCCAAUCCCGAUGCAGACAUCCCAGCAGCACCAAAACAUCGGCAGGUGACCAUUGAGGAGGUUGAAGACGAGGACCAUGCGCAAUAUUUUGAACAAUGUGUUGGCGCUAGCCAAACACUGCGUGAAGGACAAACCAGCUUUGAGAGGUUUCAGCAGUAUAAGGAGUGUAUGGGCGAGGACAAAUGGGCUCCUUUCAAUGAUGGGGAGGAAUGGGGACUCGCCGAAUGGCUUGUUAAAAACCUUGGCCAGACUCGAACAGACGAGUUUCUGAAAUUACCGAUAACACAAAACAGAACGAAACCUUCUUUUCACAAUAACAGAUCUUUCCUCCAGAAAGUCAACAAGCUUCCACAUGCAGCAGCCUGGAGUUGCAAAAAGGUUAAGGUCCAGGGAAAUAAAACAGAUGAGAAGGGCCAGACGCUGCACGAAGAAGUCGAAGUCUGGAUGCGAGAUCCUGUCAAGUGCAUCAAAGACCUCAUUGGAAAUCCAUUGUUCCACAAUCACAUGCAAAAACUGUUGCCGAAAGGUGCGACAAUCGCACCCAUAAUUCUUGCUUCUGACAAAACUUGUCUGUCGCAAUUUCGAGGUGAUAAAUCGGCAUGGCCCGUGUACCUAACCAUUGGCAACAUUGCAAAAGAGAAGAGGCAGCAAACAUCAGCGCGAGCAACAGUUUUCCACCACUGCAUGUCCUUGCUCCUCAAACCCCUCGUUGCUGCUGGUCGAAAUGGUGUUGAGAUGGUCUGCAUGGACUCAUUAAUCCGUCAAGUCUUCCCCAUCCUUGCUGCUUAUGUAGCCGAUUUCCCGGAGCAAUGUCUUGUUGUGUGUUGUAAAGAAAAUUGGUGUCCGAAGUGUUUGGUCGCUGCUGAUGAACGAGGGGAUCUGUUGACUUCAAUGAUGCGGGACCCUGAGGUGACAAAAGAUAUAUUAGAGAAGCGGAAGAAUGGUCAGCAUCCAAUUCAAUUUGACGACAACGGGUUACAUGCCGUCUUCAACCCAUUCUGGGCAAAUCUCCCUCACGCCGACAUCUUUCUUGCCUUCAUACCUGACCUCCUCCACCAGGUCCAUAAAGGUGUCUUCAAAGACCAUUCAGUGAAAUGGUGUCUUGAAAUUGUCGGUGAAGAUGAAAUGGACUCACGCUUCAAAGUAAUGCCAGAUUACCCUGGACUUCGGCACUUCAAGAAAGGUAUUUUGACUGUGAGACAGUGGACGGGUACAGAACAUAAAGAGAUGCAACGCGUCUUUGUUGGUCUGCUGGCUGAUACUGUCCCAAGUCAAGUCUUAGUGGUUGCGCGAGCCAUUCUAGACUUUUCUUAUUACGCACAACUUCGAAUGCACACUGUUGAUUCCCUCGAUGGUCUGGAGAGCGCGCUUGCGGUGUUUCACACCAACAAGGACAUUCUUCAAGAGCUUGAAGUUUGCGAUCACUUUAAUAUUCCUAAACUCCAUCAAAUCUCACACUUCAUUAAGUCAAUCACUCUAUUUGGUUCCACUGAUGGUUUCAACACUGAGCUUCCCAAAUGUUUACAUAUUGAUUUCGCCAAAGACACCUAUCGUGCCAGCAACAAAUGCAACUACGAGGAGCAAAUGGCCUUAUGGAUUCAACGGCAAGAAGCCGUAUUCUUGGAUAGUACUUACCUUGAUUGGUUGUCAGAAUGCUCUCAGUCAGCCACAGUGUCCAGUCGCACAGAUCCCAACCAUGAACAUGACUUGGAUUCAGACUCAGAUGCCGAGAUUGAAGAGUUGCGCAGCGCUGCCCCCACAAACGCAAGUCCGUCACUUCCUAUUGAUGUGUCUGUUGAUCACCUCGUCACUGCACAUGGUGCCACCAUGUUCCUCCCUGCCCUCAAAUCUUUCCUGCAUGAGCACAUGCCACGCAACAACAUCAUCCCCGGUCCACAUGACCGGUUUGAUGUUUAUCAACAAGUCGUCAUUGUUACUCCCCCUGAUCCACACGCCAGUGACUUGCCAACGCGGUUGCACAUUAGAGCGACACCUGAAGUGCAGCCUGGUCCUGGCCGAAAACCUGGGACCCCCACUAGAUUUGAUAUGGCACUGAUAAGUGAUGGUGUUAGGACGUGUCAUAUCCCGUAUUCCGGACCUACAUCCAAUAAUAUUCCCACGCCUCAUCCGGACCUUCGGAUAUCCUAUCCAUGUCUGCAGUCCUCUAUCCAUCUGGAUCCCUGCACCUCCGCACAAACUCAAGCUUGGGUACAUUCUCCUCUUUGCAGGCCUUCUUGA